AUGCUCAUUAUCUCUGUUAGAUGUCUCGCUUUGAAGAGAGAGUGCAUCGCCCGUACUAAGCCACGGCCGCGCCGGUGGGAGCGCAAAUGGGGAACUGGAGACACUGGACCUUCGACGCAGCCAACCGCCACCUUUAGCAUCAACUACACUGUGCCGGGUAAACCGGACCUCAAUGAUAACUUACAAACCCUACGGGAGAUGCAUGAACAGGCCAUUGACGGCGUACUUGAUGAUGAAGAUGCUGUUGAUAGCUGGAAAAGCACAAGUCAAUCACUCAGCCCUCAAGGCCCCUCAAGUUUGGCAACCCAACCUCAUCCAAUAUCCGACAUCUGGCGCCAACCUUUAUUCGACAUGGCAUCUGCGGAAUCUUUACUCAAUACUUUCAAGUCCAUGGUUAAUUACCUACCGUUUAUGGUCUUUCCUGAAGAUUGCAACGUCUCGCAUCUGGCUGCUACAAACCCUUUUACUCUGUUGUCCAUCUUAACCGUAGCUUCGGGAUCCCAGAUGGUGCAGAAACACGCAUUAUAUGAUGACGAGUUUCGAAAAGCUCUGGGUCUGAAGUAUGUCUCUGGUGGGGAAAAGAGCCUUGAGUUACUUCAGGGCGUAUUGAUAUACUGCGCAUGGUAUCCCUUCCACCUGCGGCCCAAGAAUGGACAACUGGUUCAGUGUUUGCGAAUGGCCGCUGAUCUCGUUCGCGACCUUGAUUUGGACCAAGACUUUCUCAUGAUGGCUGAUCCGUUGGAUCGGAAAGUCACAGACGAUGAACUCGACAAGAUCCGAGCAUAUCUUGCUUAUAUAUAUCUUGUUUCUACGUACAUCGUUGUAUGGAGAGGGGAGAGAGAUUUACCGAUUAAUCGUCCACCUUGGGCCAGCACAGCCAUCGACAUCCUCCAAAACAACGCUCAGGUCGACAGUGACUACACACUCGUGGCUCUAAUACGCCAAUCUAGCCUCAUUUCUGAUGCAUCAAAGGUCAUAAAUGAGGAGGGGCAGACGAUGGAAAAUAGUGAACUAAUUUUGACUGAUCUUCGACAACAACAUCAUGAAUUACAGCACAGCAUGGAUCACCUUUCCACGCAAUCUGAAUCGACGAGAAUGCAGACUAUGUUUAUCGAUGUAUUCCUCGACUGCGGGAGUUUGCUCGUCUUCCCCGUAGCCAAGACCUUCUUGUCUGCCAAAAGAAGUUGCUUCCCUCCGCCAUUAUCCAACCUUUGCAGCGCCGCGAAGAAGCUAAGAGCUUUCCUGGACUACGUGAGCGACCUGGAAGAUUCAUCGCUCCUUUCAUUUACGGUCAACGACUGGACUCGGUUCAUCGUCAUCCUUACGCUAUCAUUCCGCUUGUCGUUCCCGAUUUCUCUAUGCCCUGAUUUUGACUCGACUUCUGCUCGCUCUGAAAUUCAACUGGAUCAAUUCCUAUCCAAAAUGUCACAUGAUGCAGAUAUCACGACUUCAAACGAUCUUUUGUCGGCCAGUCGUGCCAUGCUAGGUCUUGCCAAGACUAAAUACGACCGUCGGCUGGAUCUACUUGAAAAAUCAGCACCAGUAACUCCGGUGAGCAGGGUUUUUGGGUGUCCAAUGAUGGACGGGAGCUUGAGAAGAUCCGUGGAACAAUGGGACCAUAACUUUACGAAUUUGUCAGGCUGGGCUGAGCCGAAGAAUCCUCCUUUGUUUCACGAUGUAUGGGCAACGAUGACUAUGGGAUGGGGAAAUGUUGGUGACAUAUCUUGGGAUGCAGUUGAUGAGGGUUUAUAUACAUCUUGA